UCGUUGAGCGCGUCAAGGAGUGCGAAACGUUCGAGCCGUCUCCGCGUUUCAGGCCGCUGGAUAUCGUUCACCGGCGGUGGACUUUCAAAUCAUUUGUACAUUUUACUGUUGAUAUUCUAGAGCAUAUACUGUUCUUCACAUUGCUCUCCUUCGACCAAUACCGCGAUCAUGCCACGAUACGGAGGAUAUAAUCAAGGAGGCUACGGCCAGAUUGAUUCCUUCGACCAACAAAACCCGUACGAUCAGCGUCCAAAUGAAGGAAAUUCAGGCUAUGGAUACGUCGAAAUGGGAUCUUUCAACCGACCUCCCCAGGCAUCAUUCGGCGCUCCCCAAGGCGGAAUGGGAGGGAAUUCCCUCCUCAACGACGUGCAGGACAUCGACCGCACCAUCGAGUCCCUUGAAGAAGACCUACAGGAACUGAACCGGCUCCAUCAACGCCGCCUCAACGACACGAAUACCGACCUCCGUCAAGGCGGCCAGUCCGUCGAUAUCAAAGCACAAGACAUCAUGACCGCAUAUCGAGGUCUGGUCGACCGGAUGAAGCGGAUCAAGUCGAACCCAGAAUCCGGAUCCACAAGGAACGCACCACAGGUGGGAAGAGCGGACCGGAGACUAAAGGCGAUGAUCAACAAGUAUCAGACGCAGGAGCGGGACAUGCGAAAGGAGCUGCAACAGCAGACGGCACGGCAAUACAAGAUUGUGCGGCCGGAAGCCACCGAAGAGGAAAUCCAAGCCGUCGUGGAGGAACCAAGCGGGCCGAUCUUCAGUCAGGCGCUCAUGCAAUCCGACCGUCGUGGACAAGCCCAGCGAACCCUCGGGGCGGUUCAGCAGCGGCACGCGGAGAUCCAGAAGAUCGAGCGCCAGAUGAUCGAGUUGGCGCAGCUGUUCCAAGACCUGGACGCCGUCGUCAUGCAGCAGGACGAAAUGGUGGUCCAGAUCGAACAGAAGGGCGAGGAGGUGCAUGAGAACAUUGUGAAAGGCAAUACGGAGCUCGACACCGGUAUUAUCAAAGCGCGGGGCGCGAGAAGGAAGAAGUGGUGGUGCCUUCUCAUCUGCAGUGCGUCCCCCUAAGCCCUUUUUUCUACCUUGCGCAUGCUGACGA